GGCGGAUCCGCGGAGCUGCAGAGCGGAGCCGCACUGCACUCUGGACGGGGCGAGGCGGCGGCUGUCCCGGCGUGGCCUCUCAUCCGUCAUCGCAAUGGGAAUUAACACCGCGCUGAGUCCUAUCGGAGCCCUCGUUCACCUGAAAGCGGUCCAGCUGCCGGAGACACAGACUAUGAAGCGCUGCAGUUCAGGCCGCUCACACAGCUUCUUCUCCCGAAACUGAGGAGGAGGAAGGACGGAUGAUGAUGAUGGUGGUGGUGAGGAUGAGGGGAAACAUCUAGAGAUGAGAAGUGUUCCUCAAGCAGACAACUUUGCUCGAAAAUCUUCUUUUUUGUGAACCAGGACGAUGCCUGCCAUGUGUGUGUCCGCAGUGUUCUUAUGUACAGUGGUGGCGGACAUCUCAGCCCGGGUUUUGACCACCACCAGCCCAGACGACCAGCCCAUCCUCUCUUCCCGCCAUUAUCAGCACACUGACCGAGACUCGGGCACCCAGCUGGUCUGCGACAAGUGUCCGGCAGGAACCUACGUCUCCGUCCACUGCUCUCCAACAGCUGUAAGGGAGUGCAGCCCCUGUCCCCAGGGCACCUUCACACGGCGGGAGAAUGGGGUAGAGCAGUGCCAUCGCUGUCGGGCUCCAUGUCCCGCAGGCUUCCUUGAGAAAAGUGCCUGCAUGGCCACGCAGGACCGAGUCUGCACGUGUCCACCCAACAGCUUCCUGUCGGGGGAUAAUGGUGCCGAGUGUAAACCCCACUCGCUGUGCCCUCCAGGGACCAGAGUGAAAAAGCGUGGCAGCGAAAUGGAGGAUGUACUCUGCAAGCCGUGCACCAGGGGGACUUUUUCAGACGUGGAGUCGAGUGCAUUGAAGUGCCGAAAUCACACGGACUGCCAAGCUCAGGGGCUGGUGCUGCUCACAGCAGGGACUAGAGAGACUGAUAAUGUCUGUGGACCCUCUUCUACAGCAUCGGUCUACACAACCCCUAAACUGGCUGUACCUACAGAGGAACCCUGGUAUUCCUCAACUUCUCCAGCACCACUGACUGGACACGCUCAGAAAGGUACCCACAGAGAGUCAGCAGCCAUUCAGCUGAAGCAAGCCCUGGAUGAAGAAGCCCACAGAGCAGAGGGGCUACUCCUCAGUCAUCCGGGUACUCCAACACCUAAUAGUGAUCCUCCAAGGACUCCACUGCGCCAAGCUCCCAAACAACCGAUGGAGCAUGAGCAACAGCGGGGUCAGCCCAAUUCUGACCCUAUGCCAGGGCCCAACAAACGGGCAAUGGAGGGUCUGGAAGGUGCAGAGGUGGUCAGGGUUGGAACAGGUAUCAGCAAGGUGGCUGGGCAGGGGAGUGGAGGAGGCAUCUCCAGCUACUAUAGACCCAGUCGCAGGGGGUCUCCAAGGCCGAGCACCCACAAUCACUUUGACAUCAACGAGCACCUGCCCUGGAUGAUCGUCCUGCUGCUCUUACUGGUGCUGGUGGUGAUCGUGGUGUGUAGCGUGAAGCGAAGUUCCCGGGUAUUGAAGAAGGGCCCAAUGCAGGAUCCCAGCAGCAUCAUGGAGAAGGCAAUUCAGAAAAAACCAUCUGCGCCACCCACGCAAGUCAGAGAGAAGUGGAUCUACUACUCCAAUGGACAAGGGGUGGACAUCCUGAAGCUGGUUGCAGCCCAUGUGGGCACCCAGUGGAUCGAUAUCUAUCAGUCUCUGGCCAAUGCCACGGAGCGGGAGGUGGCUGCCUUCUCCAACGGCUACUCGUCCGAUCACGAGCGGGCCUACGCCGCGCUGCAGCACUGGACCAUCCGGGACAGCGACGCCAACCUGGCCAAACUGAUCAACGCUCUGCACCGUCAGAGGCGCAUUGACGUGGUGGAGAAGAUCCGCUGUGUCAUGGAGGACAACCCACAGUUUGACAUCAACCAGCUGAUGACCUCCGUGAAUGUAAGCCAUAGCCUGAGUCCCAUCCACAAGCCGCUCGAGUCUCCCACCAGCCUUGGCAGCAACGGUGGCAGCAGCAGCAGCAGCGUGGGUCGGGUCAGUGGCAUGGAGCAGUCACCAGUGGAUCGGACCAAAGGCUUCUUCCCUGACGAAUCGGAGCCGCUGCUUCGCUGCGACUCCACCUCCAGCAAAGACUCGGCCCUCAGUAGGAACGGCUCCUUCAUUACCAAAGAGAAGAAAGACACGGUGCUCCGGCAGGUUCGUCUCGAUCCUUGCGACCUGCAACCCAUCUUUGAUGACAUGUUGCACAUCCUGAACCCGGAGGAGCUGCACGUCAUCGAGGAGAUCCCGGCUGCCGAGGACAAGCUGGACCAACUUUUUGAGAUUGCUGGAGUAAAGAGUCAGGAGGCCAGUCAGACGCUGCUGGACUCGGUCUACAGCCACCUGCCCGACCUGUUAUAAUGGAGGAACGAGGAAGAAACUGCAAGGGGCAGGAGAAAACGAAGGAAUGUGUUUUACUAGAGGGAGUCAGAUGUGGUGUUGUCCAGAUGAUGCGUGGGUUGACAUUUGAUCUGAUAGAGUUUGACUUUUCAUGUCAAUUUGUCACGAGUCGAGCUUGGGGUUCACUACUCCCUGUAAUGAAUUGCUCAACUCUUUUCUGCGUCUUUACUCCUCUUUUCCUUCUCUCAUCCUGUGUGUACACUUUACUCCUUCAAAACUCCAACAUCCUCCACCACAAUACUUGUUCAGCAUAACAAAGUACUGUGACGUUAACCACAAGGCUCUAGGGCCUCCUAAUUUUGAAAAAAUGCUGGGUUCACAAGAAGCUGAGCACAUGUUGACUCCAUGCAAAGACACAAAUAGCACUUUCUUUCUCUUAAAUGGCCAAUGCCUUCAUACGUAAAGAGUAAUACCAGUGUUUCUUUUUGUUGUUUGUGCCAAUCAUUCAGUCUUCUCUUGCCUUUAACAUAAUUUCAGUGUUAAAAAUAUUAUUUAAGAGAGCAAUUGUGGCUAAAUGAUUAGACAGACAAUUGUAAAUAAGCUACGACACUGGUAUUAUUCUUUGAUUUUAGGGUUCUUGUAACACAUUCUCAGAUGUUUUCGCCCAGGUGUGGACCAACCUGUAAGUCACGUGCCUGAACUUUUUCCUUUUUGAACCUUGUGAACCCUUUUCCUUACACCCCACCUGCACCUGGAGCAGAUCAUGUGAGGGUUGCUUGUUCCCACCAGCAGGUAGCAUGCGUAAGCUUAGAUGCUCAACCUGCUGCUCUGGAACCAAAACCAUAUAUCAAAACGUCAAAAUAAUCAAAUUCUGGAGCACUAUUUACCCAAUCUGAUGUUAUGAUAUACGGUUUUGCCUUUAUCUAUUUUGCUUUUUGACGAAAAGGCUGAACAGAGCAGGAGGUUUACAUCGUUGACCGCCCCGGCCUGCUUCUCUGGAAUCAAAGCCAUAAAUCUAAAACAGUUUAGAUGCAUCGCUUUGGAAGCUCCAUCGCUGCUGGACUCACUGGAAGGAUCCGAUAAAUACUUCUACCAGUACGCACAUUCAGAUCUCUGCUAGCUAGCCCUGUUUGCCUCAACAAAUGUAGCGUUGAUAAAGUGUUCUUGAUGCAUUUUGGAGCUUCAUGUUGGAUUUUGAACCAGAAAUAGAGAAAUAAUAGAACACCAGUGAUUCUUUUUUUUCCCCAUUCAUGUUGGUACAUGCUCUAUGUAGUCAAUAUUUAAAUGUAAUAAUAAUGCACUAAUUCUAUUUACUAUUGGAGACGCAGAUAUGUAUUUUCUGUGUCCUCUUUUUUUCCUUUCUCAUAUUCUGAAAUGCUGUUAACAUUUGAUUUUGUUGUAGUGUUUUUCCAUAUUUAGUUCGAUUUAUCAUGUUGUAUUCUCUCUGUUAACAUUUUUGAUUCUUCUUUUACGGGCAUUCACAUGUAUUUACUGCCACUUGGUGUCACAAGGAGACCACAGUGCGAUGUAAGGUAUGCAUAUUCCAUACUCUACUUGAAGUCUGUCUACUUGGCUUACUUGAUUUUCAAUGAAGAUAAUGUACUCUUUCAGUUCCUCUCGCAUCCAGUGCUCUUUCUUAAAACAAUAAUAGACCUAAAAAGCACCACCAAAAAAGCUCGUCAGUGUUCGGAGCCAUGAGAGCUACUGUGGUGCUGGAUGUGAACUCACACCGGUUGAUAUGACACAAGGGAAGAUUUUGGUAACAAUGAACUGACAUAUUUAAAGUAUUCCAGACUGAAUGAAAAAGAGUGAAGGUUGUCCUGCUGUGGACUGCAGGAUGUGGACGAAGGUGAUGAUGAUGAUUAUGAUGUGUGAUCUGACUCUGCGGUGCCGUGGAGUCUCAAACUGCAGGAUUGGAGCUUUUUAUUUUCUAUGGAAGUCUGAACAGGAUGAGGGCAAGGUGUGAAAUGCACAUGUGGCAUGAGUGGAUGAUUUCAUCAAAUUUCACACGUGUAACCAAUAUGUUUACUACUAUGUAACCUCUUAAAAUCAAUGAAUUAAAGCUCAAAACAUUUGUCAUAA